AUGGGUCUCGAACUCCCUUUCCCUCGUCCGCACACGCCCUCCAAUGUCAGCAACAUCACACUUCCCUUCUCUACACUUUCUUCAAAUUCCAGACUUGCCUCACAUUCCAGACUUGCUUCUCGCAAGCGUUUAGACUCUGGCUCUCUCAUACCCACCGUCAAGCGCAAAGAGCCGAGACCGGUCACUCCUCUUGAUUUCUCCGCUACUUUUGCAAUCCGUCAAACCAUGUCAUCGUCACGUCCAUCACCUACUUCUUCUCAAUUACCUACGAGAAAAUCUGUCGACUUGUCACUUGACGUUGUAGAUCCUGCGAUACGCGGAAUUCCUCAAGGAUGGGACGAUGAUCCUUCCAUUCCUCUACCUACGAAUAUUUCCACAUACAUGUCACCGAUACCGGUCACUCAUCCACAUCCUAUACGAGAUAUGAAUGGAAUGUCAUUUCGUCCUUCACCAUUUCGUGACACUCGACAAAAGAUUGCUUCUUUCGGUAACAGCGUGAGAGAUAGAGCCAAUGUAAAGGAUACAAGGGCAGGCGGAAUGCAAAGAAAAGCUUCGAUACGAACCGGACCGACCGCAAGAUCCAUAUCCAUGUCCACUGCCCCGACUUUAUCAGUUGAUGUGACAAGUGAAGUCUUCUCAGAAGGUUCUUCUAUCUCACAAAUCUCUGUCAACUCUUCUCGAGCUAUCAGAGAACUUGAUGUGGUCCCUCCGGCAUCUCUCAAUACAGACUCAUUGCUAGAUUCCUCACAUCUCUUUACUCCCACAUCUUCUCAAUUCGAUCGAUUGGAUUCACCUUCUGUCACAAGCACAAAGUCAUCUGGCUCUCGAAACCGCGUACUUGGAAUGAAUAAAGACCUCGCUCGUGCCGGUCUCACACAAAGCAGAGUCUUUCUUCCUCCCAACACUGCGGAAAUCUUACCUUUUGCUUUAAACCGACCUUUCGCAUCGUGGGAGCUUCCUUCGGUAUCUCAGACCCCUUCGCAAGUCUCAACAGGGUCACGAACAACUUCGAAGCAAGUGAUAUCCAAGGAUCGAUCGGCACGGUGGGUGGAUUUACCACGUCCUAGAGGUGCUCUCGGGUCCAAACGUGAAUGGCUAGACGUCAACGGCUUACCGAUUGGUGGACCUUACAAAGUAGGUUGGGAAACUGAGGUGCUCGAUCUUGAAAGCAGACUACACGAGACUAUGUACGAUGAAGCAGGAGGUAGACACACUUUUGCAGAAUUUGCCGAAGGUAAAGAACCUGGAGCCGUCCUCGAUAUUGGAACGGGUAUUGGGCUUUGGCCUAUCUCACAGGCUCUCAUAUGGUCAAAUACUACCUUUGUCGGUCUCGAUAUGGUACCGUGUCAAAUCGAUCUAUCAUUAUUGGCGCAAGCGGAGCGAUCGGCUCGAAGCACGACCUCAGGGAUAGUUGAGGGAGAGGGAAUGUGGUCAAGCAUUGAGAAACGUAUAACCUGGGACAGAGCGAACUUCCUUCAGUGUUUGCCAUACGACACAGGGGUAUUUGACAUGGUCCAUAUCCGUUUUAUCGGAUUAGGAGUGCCGGAAGACAAAUGGGCCGACUUAUUAGAGGAAGCCACAAGAGUGUUGAAGCCAGGUGGCAAGCUCGAAAUUGUUGAAAUGUCCUACACUCUUUCUUCCGCCGUCCCUUCCUCUCUUAGAAAUUCGUUUUCAUCUCUACUUCUAGCGGAGAUGAUUCAGCCAGUGACCAUCCUUCCUUUGCAAUUCAUCCUCACCGCAACACCUGCGCUUGAUUCGACGACUACAAAACCCGUCUUUGAAAAGUCUUGGCAACAGACUUCCACAGCUUUGGCAGAUGCUGUCAUGAUCUGGGUGAGGAGUGCUCUCGAGUACAAGGGAACGGGAUUAGUAAAGGGUUCGAAAGGGGAAAUAUCCUUCGCGAGAAAGGUCAAGAUUGAACUCUCCAUUCUCGAAGGAAAGCGAUGGCAUUUCGGUAAAUCUGACAUGGUGAUUUCUGAACCGUUACGAUCAGACGGAGAAGCCACUGUCUGGGCAUGGGUGAUCACUCGACGGUGA